AGGAUCAGUGUGUAAUUGUGUGUAAUCGUGUCUACAGCUGGACGAUGCCGACUAAUGUGUACAAUUUGGGCGGUGUACGAGUAAUCCUUGAUUUGUCCUUUACCAAUAAUAAUUACGAGCUGUGCGAACGUGAGUUGCAGUUCAAUUGAUCUCAGCGAUUGACAAAUAUUGCGAACAUCACGCGUCAAUUAGUUGUUUGCGGAGUGAUUUACGAAAAAUGUUCGACACGAUCACUUGACGACUGACGUAUGCCUGCCACCCUGUGCUAUAUGCGUGCUUGUUGUACUUGUCAAAUUGGUUGAAAAAAACGUUGAAGACCCGGCAGUGGUAGAAAUAUUUAAACAUUUUAAGUCGACGUAAUAAUAGACGGCUGAUAUCGUUAAUAAUGGAAAACGAGACCAAGGACGGUUGUGCUGUAGAGGAAGAUCGAGACGGUCUACUGAUUAAAAUAAAGAAGUUUGAGACUGAGAACGCAAAGAUACGAGAAGAGUUUGGUAUUCAAAGAGCAAAAAUGAAGGAACUUUUUCUCCAGAAAGAAGAUGAACUCAAAAGGCAGCAGGAAGAAAAGAUCUCCUUGCAAGAAGAGAUACAUAGAUUACAGAAUGAACUUGACGAGGCUAAGAGUCAGCUAACGGUCGCUGACCUUAAAGUGGAAAAUGAUAUUCUUGUUGAAAAGCGCAAGGCACAAGAAGAAAUAGCAACGUUAGAGCAAUUGAUUCAAGAGACGGUAGAAGAAUCCUCAUGUUCGCGUAAUCAACUUGGAGACGAGUUGCGAAAGUUGCAAUCUGCGUUUCGUAAACUUGAAGCAGAAAAUGCGCUGCUUCGAUCGCACACAAAUCGCGAACCUGCGGACGGACCUCAAAUAUCUUUGUCAACCGUGACUAAAACUUUAGCUAGAAAAGUUGUCUCUCAAUUAGGAGCUGAUUCAUUGUCCUUGGGCCCUGAUAAUAUCGAAGAAAGCUUGAGGAAGGUAAACAAAUAUGCGCAAGAAGAUGCAGAAGUUUUGCGUUCGCUGGUAGGCCCUUUGGAAGAGGAAAUUAAAGCAUUGAAGGAAAAACUGAGAGCUACAGACGACGAGCUGCAAAAACAUAUAGAAACUAAUUCGCAAAAAAAAUUUCAAACAGAAUCUGGAUCUGCUGCAGAGGCCACUUGUGAUAUGUGCGCUAAUUAUGAGGCACAAUUGGUAAAAAUGCAAGCCGCAGAGAAAGAGUUUGAAAAACGAUUGGCAGAUGCUGAUCACUUAUUGGAAGUACAAAAGGAAGAUUUAGUCAAAGAGGUCGAGUUUCGUAAAGAAAUGGAGGAAAAGUGGAACGAAAAAAAAGAAGAACACAAGAUUAAAGUUGCAGAACUCACCUCCGUUUCACAAACUUCCCAGCAAGCCUUGGCCGAUUUGAAGCAAACUUUAGCACAAAUGCAUCAAGGCGUUACCGAUGAACUAGGUAGAUUGAUUCAUGGAAGAGAAGAACUACAAAGGCAUCUCAACGCAUUGCAGAAGGAAAAUGAAAAUUUGGUUGGUAAACAUAGUAAGAAUUCCAUGCAACUCCAAAGUGAGACAAUUAACAUGCCAAAUAACGUUGAAGAGUUACAUGUCACACUUUUAAAAAUGCAUGAAGACUUGAUAGCAGCAAAAGUCGCGCAAGAAGUUGCACAGGAAAAAGAGGAAACUUUACGUUACGAAGUGACUCUUCUUCAAGACCAAUUAGAUCACGAUAAUCGUGCACAUCAACAAUCAGAAUCGACUUUGGUUGAGGAAAUUAGGCAACUUAAAGUCCAAGCAGAGAUGUACAAACAUGAUCAUCAAGCCUUGAGUGAAAAAGAAGAGAAGUUGAAUAAGCUUGAACAGCAGUUGGAAAAUGCAACAAUGGAAAAACAAAAGAUGGAAUUAACUGUUGCUGAACUUCGUCAAAGACUGACUAGUCUUCAACAGGAAUUAGAUACUAGCGAAGAAGUACAAAAAGACUUUGUUAGAUUAUCACAAUCUUUACAGGUUCAACUGGAGAAGAUCAGAGAGGCAGGGAGUGAAGUAAGAUGGCAGCACGACGAGGAUGUUGACGAGUGUCCUAAUUGUCGAAACGGGUUCACAGUUACAAGAAGAAAGAUGCAUUGCCGUCAUUGUGGUCAUAUAUUUUGUACAACUUGUCUGUCGCACGUUGUAAACAGUGGACCUAAGCAGCGACCUUCAAGAGUUUGCGAUGUGUGCCAUACAUUACUAGUUAGAGAUACGGCUCCAUACUUUAGCCAAGAGGCGCCGCAUUUACCGGAAUAAAUAUUUCUGCAAAUAUAUAUGUGGGACAACUUGGCGAGAUGUGCAAUAUCUGAUUUAGAGAUCAUUAGAGCCGUGGGACGAAAGUUAGAUAAAAGUGAAUUCUAUGAUUAUUGAGGAAGUGGAUAAAUUAUGUAAAUAUCAAUAGAUUAUUAUUUUUAACUUAUUCGAAUUUUAUUCUUCAACGCUGUCAGGUAAAUGUUGAUAAAAUAAAUCAUUUGUUUGAUGCA